UGCCUGCCUACUACCAUUUGUUGUGGUGCUCACUCAUUUUGAUUUUUUUGGUAAAAGAUUGGAAAAAUUUCCGAACCUCUUUGGACGAACUCAGCUGACAGUCAUGGCAACCAAGAUUCCCAACGCUAUCUUCAGCAAUGGAAAGAGCAUUCCUAUGAUCGGACUAGGAACGUGGAACUCUCCUCCAGGUGUGGUCGCGCAAGCAGUGAAAGAUGCAAUUGAUAUCGGCUACCGGCACAUCGAUUGCGCCCACGUGUACCAAAAUGAGCAUGAGGUGGGUGACGGGCUUGAAGCAAAAAUACAAGAUGGGACGAUCAAGAGGGAGGACGUCUUCGUAACCAGCAAACUAUGGAACACGUUCCAUCGUCCCGAUUUGGUGGAAGGCGCUUUGAAGGUCACUUUGAAGAACCUCAAGCUCGACUACUUGGAUCUUUAUUUGAUCCACUGGCCUGUGGCCUACAAGGAAGGUGACGAGCUCUUCCCAAUGGGUCCUGAUGGCAAAACGUUCAUCUUUUCCGAUGCUGACUACGUGGACACCUGGAAGGCCAUGGAGAAGUUGGUCGAUGCGGGCCUUGUCAAGAACAUUGGUCUAUCGAAUUUCAAUUCAAAGCAAAUUCAACGUGUAUUGGACGUAGCCAGCAUCAAACCUGUCUGCAAUCAAAUCGAAUGCCACGCAUACUUGCAUCAAUCCAAGCUGACUGCCUUCUGCACCGAAAAAGGAAUAAUCGUGACCGCUUACAGUCCACUGGGGUCGCCAGCAAGACCGUGGGUCAAGCAGGACGACAUUGUUCUUUUGAAUGAUCCGAAUCUUAAGGCGAUCGCAGAGAAGCAUGGUAAGGAACCGGCUCAGAUUCUGAUUCGCUAUCAGAUCCAGCUUGGCCACGUGGUGAUUCCAAAAUCGGUCACCAAGUCCAGAAUCGCUUCUAACUUUGACGUUUUCAGUUUCGAGCUGAACGGCGACGAUAUGAAACAACUUGCAGCGCUCGAGCGCAACGAACGUAUCUGUCCGGAAUUCGGAGCUUUUGGUCAUCCUCAUCAUCCCUUUGAGAAAGAAGAAUAAUUUACCGCUGCACAGUUCCACGAUUGGGAGGUGGAAUGUAUCAUUGGAACGGGUGCUCUAUCGCAAUUUAGCCAGAUUAUGCGCGCAUGAUGGAGACGACUAUUAAGUGUAAUUUUUAGUAAGUAUGUGCAAGGUCGUGCAUGGCGCGUGGUGGUAAACCGUUGUUUGCAGUCAGUGGAAAAUUUCUAGGCAUA